AUGCCUACCGUCGGCGUGGACAAGGAGCACUUCUACAAGGCCCUCGGCCGCACCUACACCACCCAAGAGUUUGACGAGCUCUGCUUCCAAUUCGGUAUCGAGCUCGACGAUGACACUACCGAAGAGGUUCAGAAAGCUGGGCUGGGCGAGCGAGCGCAGCUCAAGAUUGACAUCCCCGCCAACCGAUACGACUUGCUCUGCCACGAAGGCAUCUCUCGUGCACUCAAUGUCUUCCUCGGCAACAUCCCGCAGCCUCAGCUCAAAUUGACCAACCCAGAAAAGAUGAUCGAGGUCAAGCUCAGCAACGACGUCUCGCGGAUCAGACCCUACUUUGCCGGUGCCGUCUUGAGGAAUGUCACCUUCACACCAGAGAGCUACGCCAACUUCAUUGAUCUUCAAGACAAGCUGCAUCAGAACCUGGCGCGUCGCAGAACACUCGUUGCCAUCGGCACCCACGACCUCGACACCAUCCAAGCUCCUUUUUCGUAUGAAGCGCUUCCACCAAAAGACAUCAAGUUCGCGCCGCUCAACAAGGAGCAGGAGUACGACGCGAGCCAGCUGAUGGAGCUCUACGAGUCGGAUAAGCAUCUCUCUCGCUACCUGCACAUCAUCCGCGACAGUCCCGUCUACCCGAUCAUCUACGACUCCAACCGACAGGUCCUCUCCAUGCCACCGAUCAUCAACUCGAACCACAGCAAGAUCACGCUCAACACCAAGAACGUCUUCAUCGACACGACCGCCAUCGACGAGACCAAGCUCGGCAUUGUGAUCAACAUCAUUGUCGCCAUGUUCUCGCAGUACUGCGCCGAGCCGUUCACCAUCGAGCCCGUCCGCGUGGUCUACCCGGAUGGAAAGGAGAAGAUCACGCCCGACCUGAGCAGUGUGCGUUUCCCUGCGUCGGUGGACUACAUCAACCGAUGCACAGGUCUCAAGCUUUCGCCCGAGGAGAUGAUCAGCUACUUGCAAAAGAUGGGGCACACGGCCACCGUCGACCCACAAGCCCCCACGGAGAAGCUCAUCGUCGACGUGCCACCGACCCGACCGGAUAUCCUGCACGAGUGCGAUCUGAUGGAGGACGUAGCGGUGGCCUUUGGUUUCGACAACCUGCCCAAGACGUUCCCGGCGACCAACACGGUCGCUGCGCCGCUGCCGAUCAACAAGCUGGCCGACAUCGUACGUCGCGAGUGCGCCUAUUCUGGCUGGGUCGAGGUGUUGCCUUUGAUCCUGUGUUCGCACGAUGAGAACUUUGGCUGGCUCAAUCGCAAAGAUGAUGGCACGACGGCGAUCGUACUUGAGAACCCAAAGACGGCCGAGUACCAGGUGGUACGCACAACGCUGCUGCCUGGAAUCCUCAAGACGGUGCGCGAGAACAGGAAGCACGCGCUGCCACUGCGCACGUUCGAGGUGUCGGAUAUCGCCUUCAAGGACGCAGCCGAAACGGAGCGUUGUGCGCGGAACGAACGUCACGUCGGCGCCGUCUACUGCGACAAGACGGCGAGCUUCGAAGUCGUCCACGGUCUGCUGGAUCGACUGAUGCUGAGUCUGGCGAUCCCGCGGAUCGAGGGCAAGUCGUCGAGCAAGGACAAAGGGUAUUGGAUCGAGGAGGAUGCGGACAAUGCGACGUUCUUCCCCGGUCGUGCGGCAACGAUCCAUCUCCGAUUGCCAAAGGAGACGUUCAACCCGGGCGCUGCGACGGAUGCUAAGCCUGCUGCAAGCGCUGCAGAGGGCGCACUGGACACGGUUAAGAGCGCCCUCGAGAAGGUUCUGCCAAGCGCAACGGGCGAGAGGGACCAGAAAGUGGGUGUGAUUGGAGUGCUCCACCCGCAAGUGCUCAAGAACUUCAACAUCGACUACCCGUGCUCCGCACUCGAGUUCAACCUUCAACCUUUCUUGUAG